AUGCCCAAAAUGAACAUCACCAAGACCCAGAGUAGAAAAUCAGUCAUUCCUCGUCCAUUGAAUAGCUUCAUGAUCUUUCGCAUGGAACAUCAAGCCAGUGUCAGCAAGGAAUAUCCGGGUGCAACACAUCAAGACAUUUCAAAGAAGCUAUCAAUGAAAUGGAAAGAACUCACGGCUGAAGAAAGACAAGAGUAUUACACGAAAGCUCUUGCUGCCAAAGAGGAGCACAAACUACAAUACCCUGAUUACAAAUAUCGCCCUCGUAGAAGAUGUGAAACACCAAAAAAGAUCAAGAAAUCAAACAACAGUAGUGUCAUUGCAGUGCAGACUGAGUCAUCAGGUGGAGAUCUCCAUCCUCAAGUUCGACCGAUUGAUUGUUCAAACGAACAGCUAUACCUAUUGCCAGACACUACGUUCUUCAACCCAUUGCAAGCAGUGGAUAUCACUAUUAAUUUGACCAAUGCGCUGGAUGAUGAUUCUUUGACGACUACAACUUGCUUUGAUAAUCUACUUCUGUGCCCAACACUGAGUGAACCUUCCUACCAAGACCCAUCAGCUUCGCCAUCUGCAUUCUCAAUAAUGUCUCAAUUCAGUGGUCUCUCGCCUUCUCUCUCGAGCGAUUAUGAACCUACAGCUACUCUGCAAUCUCUAGAAUACUAUGAUGCAAUGGGUGUUCAUCCUUACUAUUGUGGACCAGUAUCAAAUACAUAUACGCCACCACCGUUCGAGUGCGCUUCCAUCAUCGACUACUCGCAAAUGGAUCAGGUAGCAAUGCCUUUUGAUGUCCUAGUUGCUCCUAUUGCUGAUCUUAUGCCUCCUCAAAUCAACUUUCCAGAAACCCAGCAUCAACUGCCACCUGCAAUCUUAGAUCAUACUGAACCCACGUUGGGAUUUGAUGCUAUAAAGACAGCGAACGAUUUGAGCUCUAACUCUUUCGACACUUAUGCCCCCAUCAGUGGCAUUCCACUGCUGACACAACCAUACUUGUACAUGGACUUUCAAGCUAUGUCUUAUAGAAUGGAUCAAUAG